GGCGGCAGAGGUGAAACACUUCGCUGCACGAAUACCUAAACUAAAUCUUGUUUUGAAUACAAAUUCGUGCUCAUUUGGCACCUCCAUGGAGCAAAGUUUACAAGAUGGAAAAGUCGACUUUCUCUUGCCUCAUGGUGGUCAGCCCGUCUGCGCACGGAAAGCAGCGUCGCUGGAGUAGAACCUUGUUCCAAUGAGGGUAAAGGCUUUUUUCUCAAGGUGUAAAAUGAUAUACCGUGACAUUUAAAGCUGCAUGAUCACGAAGUUCUUUUAUCAUCAAUGAUGAAUGUAGCAAUGGGGCAUUCCAUUUUUUAUCACCCCCUCCCCCUCUCUCAUUCCAUUGCCUGAUUUCAAGCCGAAAAGGACUAGGUACGAGUCUGUAAAUUAUGGGGUAAGCAGCUAUUGAUCCACAUAGUCAGAACGAGCACACUGAGAUUCACAAAAUCCCCAAGUUUGGAGUUAAUCAGGCUAGUUUUGACUGAGAUACAGCCAUUUAAAAAUGUCAAAAUUAACAAAGAAAUGUUUGGUCAUCCGGACACAGUGUCUGGAUGGCCAUACAUUUCUUUGUAAAUUUUGACGUUUUCAAAUGGCUGUAUCUUGCUUACUAUUGGGUCUAUUAACACCAAACUUGGGGAUUUUGUAAAGCUUGGUCUGCACUUUAUGACUAUAUGGAUCAACAGUUGCUAAUCCCAUAAUUUACAGACUCAUACCUAGUCCUUUUCGGCUUGAAAUCAGGCAAUGGAUGGUAACCUCUAAAAAAAUACUUCUGUCGGAGUAUUUUUUCAAAGGAGCUGACAAAAUAUUGAACACCAUGGAUCUAAACAUAAAAGUUGCUGAUAUUUAAAAAGUGGUCAAUGUGUCCGAUCAGAAUCUGUUCCCCUUUGGGAUGAGUGCAGAUAACAAAUGUAAUGUCCCAAUAUAGCUAUUUCAAUCUACACCAGCAUGAGGAGAUUUGCCCACGAAAAAACUCUAUGCAAAUUAGGUUAAUAAUAAGCCUUGGGUGUGUUUAUAUCCACCCAGGACUUAUUAACUGUAACUAAAGAUCAAAGUUCGCAAGUUUCACACAAUCCAGGUGUUAUUUCAGGCAAACUGUGAUGUUUUGACAUCAUUGUAACAUAAGAAUGUGCCUCAAACAAAAACAUAGAAUAUACUCGAGGUCAUGUUCAUCAAUUGAAAGUGCCAUGCGCCAUGUAUCCUUUUAAUGCAUCACUGGCUUCAAGCAUGAUCGCAAGGAAAAACUGUGUGACAAAUAAAACACAUAUCGGGUCCUGUUUCAUGUUAUGUUUCCUGGCAUGCGAUGAUAAGUUGAAUACAAAGUUAAAAGAUCUCCUGGACAGAAUUAUUUUAGAGGGUAAAGCUCCUCUUGGCCCAUUGGCUCCUGUCUACACCUUAGUGGAAAGAGGCACUUAGUUGUUCCAUUUUUCAUAGUAUCCACAACCUAUCCCCUUCCCUCUUCCCUCUUUCCUCUCCCCUCUCUGAUCUCCCCCAUGAUCAACACAGUUUUCUGACAGGGCAUCAUCAUCGUCAUCAUCAUCAUCAUCAUCAUCAUCAAAAGUUUUUUCUGAAAGGUUCUUUGGUUGACAUAUUUGUUUGAUCUUUGGAAUAUUGGGGGGUUUGGAAGAAGUUGCCUUCUUCUUGAGGAGACAAAAAAGACAAAACGUCUGAGGGUCAGGCACUUUGAUCUUCUUUCUCCAGGUUAAAAAUGUUACCCUAUCAAUGGUGUGUGUGUUGGGGGUUGGGAGGGGCUGGGGGAUGUAGAUGAAACAUUGUGAGAGGUCUAGUGUCUUGCCCAACAACAGAACACAGUGACUCUAGAUCUGGAGAGGGCUUGAGCCUGGACUGCUUGAUCAGGAUGCCAGCAUACUACCUGAUCAAUGACAUUCAAACUGAGACUCUUGCUUAAUGAAAAUUCUUUACUGACAUACCAAUUUGUGAUAAAUUUGACAGCAAAGUUAAAGGGCCUGAGUGAAAGAGGUCUCAGGUUUGUUGGUGACAAGGCAAAGUCUAUUGGACAACCGACACCAGAUUCACACCCCCACCUGAUGGAGGAAGAUGAAAUCACCCCUGGAAUUACUAAGAAGGAAUACAGAGACAGAAGGCAAAGACUUCUCAGGUUAUGUCUACUUGCAAAGACACAUUUUGGUGAAAGUCAUGACAAGCAUUUGGUGAUCAUUCCAAGCAAUCCUACAAAGUUCAUGACAACAGAUGUGCCAUAUCCAUUCAGGCAAAACACAGAUUUCCUAUACCUCACUGGUUUUCAACAGCCAGAUGCUGUUUUAGUUUUGCAAUCAGUAGAAGGUCUCCCCUUGCCAGCUCACAAGAGCACACUGUUUAUCCAACCACAUGAUCCUAAAAAGGUGUUGUGGGAAGGUAAAAGACCUGGAACUAAAGAUGCCAUUCUUUUCUUUGGAUUUGAUGAGUCAUACUCAAUUCGAAAUCUAGCCUCUGUACUCAUUGAUAGGUAUGCUGGCAAAGACUUUUGUGUGUGGUAUGAUUCUCUUCGUCCUACCCACCCAACCAUCCACGAGGAAAUCUCCAAGGUUCUGUUCCACACUGCCAAGUUUAGUUAUAAAAAUUUACUGGUUCUUGGUCACAACAUUCACAUGCUUAGACUUAUAAAAUCUGAUGCAGAAAUUAAACUACUAAGAGAAUCAGCUUCAUUAGCAUCAAGAGCUAUUACUAAGGUUAUGAGAAGCACUCGUCCAGGGCUGGAGGAGUCUCAUCUUCAUACGAUCUUGGAAUAUGAAUGUCGAAUGGGAGGUGCUGAGAGGCUGGCAUACCCCCCUGUGGUAGCUAGUGGACCAAUGGCGAACACACUUCACUACAUUAACAAUACGCAAGUUCUGAGGGACGGAGAGCUGGUCCUUAUGGAUGCUGGGUGCGAGUACCAUGGGUAUGCCAGCGACAUUACCAGGGCGUGGCCAGUCAGUGGUAAAUUCAGUGACCCGCAGAGAGAACUUUACGAACUGGUGCUGAGAGUACACAAGAAAUGCUUAAAACUUUGUCAAAAGGACGUUUCGCUGGAUUAUCUUCAUCACGCCAUGUUGCUACUUUUGGGAGAGGAACUUAUUAGGAUCGAUUUUCUUCCAAAGAACUUGACCGAGAGUCAACUGAAAAAGGCUGCUGGUGAAUUCUGCCCUCAUAGUGUAGGUCACUAUCUAGGCAUGGACACGCAUGACACGCACUUGGUGAGCAAAGGCCUGGGGCUACAUCCUGGAAUGGUGAUCACGGUUGAGCCUGGGAUCUACAUCUCUGAGAACAACAAAAACGUACCGGAAAGAUAUCGAGGAAUAGGCAUAAGAAUAGAGGAUGAUGUACUCAUCACUGGGAAUGGACCUGAUGUCCUCACUGCUGAAUGCCCAAAGGAGGUGGAAGAUAUUGAAAGACUGAUGAACGGCACAGAAGCUGCGAGGCUUUAAGAACCGAGACGACUAGUCACCUCAAAGGAAUAUCUUGUAAUAGAUACGACUGGUUGUAGACCGAACAAAAACAACGACAAUAAACUGAAGUAAAACACUUC